AUGUGGUCCUGGCUCUGUCUCUCGUUCCUCCUGUCCCUCCUGGGUCCAGUCUGGAGCACCACAUCAGAGGACAUGGACUACGGCGGCGUUCCUCUUUGGAUUAACCGUUUUUUGGGAGAGCCCAGCGUGAUGAGUCUGCAGGGGCGGAGCUUAGACCUGUCCUGGUUCAGAGCCAACAGCCCCCAGCCCUGCCCCGCCCAGUGUGAGUGUCCCAUACAGUGGCCCACCGCGCUCUACUGUGACCACCACGAGCUCCUGAAAGCUCCAGACACACUGCCGGACCGGACGCAGUACGUGUUUCUGCAGGGGAACAACAUCUCAUCCCUCCCCUCCUCUCUCUUCUCUAACGUCACUGGUCUACGCUGGCUCAUUCUGGACCAUAACCUCCUCAAAUCCCUGGACCAGGACCUGCUCCAGAACCAGACCGAGCUGUGGUACCUGUUUGCCAACCACAACCGUCUGAAGUCCGUCCCCGGGGGUCUGCCUGGGGGCCUCCGGCAGCUCAGACUGGCUCAUAACCGGAUCAGCAGCAUCGGAGCCAGUGCCCUCUCCUCACUGCACAGACUCAGUGUACUGCUGCUUCAGGGGAACAGGCUCAAGACCGUGUCAGAGAAGGACUUCUCAGGUCUGUUGAGCCUGAACCUUCUGGACCUAAGUGGAAACCUGUUUAAGUCUGUCCCAAAGCACCUGCCCCCCUCAGUGCAGCAGCUGUACCUGUCCAAUAACAGCCUGUCCUCUGUGGACCAGGACAGCUUCAGCUCGUACCCCGACCUCAAGUACCUGCGUCUGGGGCACUGCUCCCUUCACAGCCCCAACCUCCACCCACACUCCUUCAACCUCUCCAGCCUCAUCGAGCUGGACCUGUCCUACAACCAUCUGAGGAGCACCCCCACUGUGCCCAGCAGUCUGCAGUAUCUCUACCUGGAAGCCAACCACAUCCAAGAGUUUAACCUGACGAGUUUCUGCAGAGGGGAGGGGCCCACGUCGUACUCUCGUCUACGGAUCUUACGUCUGGAGGGAAACAAGAUCAGUCCCCAUGAGCUGCCCCCGGACUGGGUCUACUGCCUAAGAGUACUACAGCGCCUUUUUAUAUGA